GAAGUCACUUGAUAUCGGGCCCCGAAAUAGCCCAACGGAAGCUAUAUAGCGGCCCUUGCGCGACUUGUGCCAUCAGCUGACGGUUCCUUCUGCCUGAAAACUUUCAGCGCAACAAGGACAGAAUUCCAACGUCGACAAAACAAAGAGGAAACGAGACCGCGCAAGCUCAAAAGGGAUUCGAAAAAUAACGCUGAUCAUACUGAACAAGUCAUGGAUGGACCCACGUGGAAGCUAAAAGGAUAGAAGACAAACAAGGACAAAAGGAACCAAAAUAAUUUUUUUUCCGGACUGUUUUUUGGGUUUUUUUUUUUGUCUGAGCUCUGAUGUCCUCCCUGUUGAGCUGACAUCAUAGAGGGGGACCGAUUUCUUACCACUGCGGGAAUGAAGUACAACUACCAUAUUCCGGUGUCAACGUACUCACGGCAUUCUCAGUACACGCCAACGUACCACGCGCCGACACAUUAUGCAUCCAGUCACUAUACGCCAUCGUACAUCUCGACAUCCAGGUACACCCCAAGCCAGUAUAGUGGCACACAUUACACCCCGUCGCACUACACGCCCUCCUACAAGUCUACGUCAACGUACCUCCCUUCCCAGUACAGCUCGUCGCGACGCACCCAAGCGCGGGAAAAUCCCGCUCCCGUGAGAUCCAUCACCCCUUCCAAGAGAACUGUGCACUUUCCCAAUGAAAUCAUCUUCCAGGAUGUUGUGAGAUGCGGAGAAUUGGAGCAAAUUGGUCGCUUCAUCCGAACCAGGAAGGUUUGCGUGGAGACGCUUUUUCCCUCAGGUAUGGCAGCGUUACACGAAGCCGUGCUGGCAGGAAACCUGGAGGCGGUGAAGCUGCUGCUCAAGUAUGGCGCUGAUGUCAAUCAGAGGGACGAGGACGGCUGGACGCCUCUUCACAUGGCCUGCAGUGACGGCUUUCCCGAGAUUGCAAGCUAUCUCCUUUCGCUGGGAGCCAACACAGAGGCAGAAAAUGAGAGCGGAGAGAAGCCAGUCGACCUCAUUGACCCUGACUGCACAGAGUUGUCCAAACUGUUCAAGGCCGGCUGCAUCUAAUUAGGCACUUCGAAGACAUAGAAGUGAAGCUGAAGAGAUAAAAAGGUGAACUGCUUGGAAAAUACAGUUGAUUUUUUUCGAAGAGGUUUUUACACCGAACUUGCUACUGAUGACGAUGGGAAGAUGUCAUGUUUGUUUGGGUUUUUUUUUUUUCUUUGAUGUAUUAAUUGAGUGUUGCAGCUGUUCUCCAAUAAGUCACUCAUUCAUUUUUAUUUCAAUUUUGGUGUUUUUGUUCUCAAGUCAGUGCGUGACUGACAGCAACUCCUUUUUUCCAUUACACUUAUUAGUGGAACACAUUGUCUAAAAUGUAUCACUGAAUGGAAAUAUUACGGGUUAUGUGCUAGCAUAGGUACUUUUGUGAAUUAGCUUCGGUGUUAAUGCUCUUGAAAUUAAGUUGACACACAGGAUUAGAGAUACUUGUACACCGUUCAGUAAAGGUUGAGUCCUGUCAAGUCUUACUGCUGGGCAGAAAGUGGGCCAUAAAAAACAUUUAUAAAUUAUUACUUCAGUCAGGAAAAUCUUGACGCUCUUCAUCUCCAGUAUUACUGUACUAUUUCCCUAUCAUAUGCAGGUGUUGUUUUUUUGUCAUAGAGGCUGUGCUGAAGAAAACAAUGUCAGUAAGGAACGUCUUAUAAUUUUCUCAAGAAUUAUUUUUGUACAUUUUCAUAAAUAAAGACUUUUUUUAUAUA